AUGGCGAUAGCCAUUCCAGAAGUCACCGCCGUGCUCACCAGUCUCCAGAAGCAGAUCUGCCUUAACUUUGGAAAUGCACUCCACUUAGAGGCCUUAAGCACAAGAAAUGAAAAUAAGCUGCUCCCUAAACAUGCUCACUUAGUAAGGCAAAAACGUGCCUGGAUCACCGCCCCUGUGGCUCUUCGGGAAGGAGAGGAUCUGUCCAAAAAGAAUCCGAUUGCCAAGAUACAUUCUGAUUUUGCAGAAGAAAAAGGACUAAAAAUUACAUACAAGUACACUGGAAAAGGGAUCACAGAGCCACCUUUUGGUGUGUUUAUCUUUAAUAAAGACACCGGAGAAUUGAACGUUACCAGCAUUCUUGAUCGAGAAGAAACACCAUUUUUUCUGCUAAUUGGUUAUGCUUUGGAUGAAAAAGGAAACAAUCUAGAGAAACCAUUAGAACUCCGCAUUAAAGUUCUUGAUAUCAAUGACAAUGAACCAGUGUUCACGCAGGACGUCUUCGUUGGGUCUGUUGAAGAAAUGAGUGCAGCACAUACCCUUGUGAUGAAAAUCACCGCGAUAGAUGCAGAUGAGCCCAAUACUAUGAAUUCUAAAAUUUCCUACAGAAUCGUGUCUCAGGAGCCUGCUUACCCCCCAGUGUUCUACCUCAACAAAGAUACAGGAGAGGUUUAUACAACCAGCAUUACCUUGGACAGAGAGGAACACAGCAGCUAUACUUUGACCGUAGAAGCAAGAGAUGGCAAUGGACAAAUAACAGACAAACCAGUAAAGCAAGCUCAAGUUCAGAUUCGUAUUUUGGAUGUCAAUGACAAUAUACCUGUAGUAGAAAAUCAAAUGUAUGAAGGGCUGGUUGAAGAAAAUCAAGCCAAUGUAGAAGUUAUGCGCAUAAAAGUGUUCGAUGCAGAUGAAGUCGGCUCUGAUAACUGGUUAGCAAAUUUUACAUUUGCAUCAGGAAAUGAAAGGGGUUAUUUCCGCAUAGAAACUGACACUCAAACGAAUGAAGGAAUUGUGACCCUUAUUAAGGAAUUAGAUUAUGAAGAAAUGAAGCAUCUUGACUUCAGCAUUAUUGUCACUAAUAAAGCACCUUUUCACAAAUCAGUUAAGAAUAAAUAUAAGCCCACAGCCAUUCCCAUCAAAGUAAAGGUGAAGAAUGUGAAAGAAGGCAUUCAUUUUAAAAGCAGCACAAUCUCUGUUCACACCAGCGAGAGCAUGGAGAAAUCAAGCCUAAGCCGAGUGAUUGGAAAAUUUCAAGCAUUCGAUGAAGACACUGGACAAGUAGCCCGAGUAAAAUAUGUCAAAUUGGAAGAUGUAGACAAUUGGGUCUCUGUGGAUUCUGUCACAUCUGAGAUUAAACUUGUGAAAAUUCCCGAUUUUGAAUCCAGAUAUGUCCGAAAUGGUACAUACACUGUAAAGAUUUUAGCUGUAUCAGAAGAUUCUCCCAGAAAAACCAUCACGGGCACCGUUGUGAUCACAGUUGAAGACGUCAAUGACAACUGCCCCACACUGGUCGACCCAGUGCAGAAUAUCUGUGAUGACGUGAAGUCUGUGAAUGUGACAGCGGAGGACCGGGAUGGGUACCCAUACAGUGGCCCCUUCACUUUUGUCAUCGUUGACGAGCCAGCUGGAACAGCAGACAGAUGGGAAAUAGCACACAAAGAAAGUACCAGUGUGCUCCUGCAGCAAAGGGAACGAAAGCUCGGGAGGAGUGAGAUCCAGUUUCUGAUUUCUGACAACCAAGGCUUCAGCUGCCCUGAGAAGCAGAUCCUUAAACUCACGGUUUGCAAGUGUCUGGAUGGCAGCGGCUGUGUGGAAGCGCUGGGUGCCGGCUACGUGGGCCUGGGGCCCGCAGCCAUUGCGCUGAUGAUUUUGGCUUUUCUGCUCUUGCUCCUUGUGCCACUUUUACUGCUGAUGUGCCAUUGUGGGAACAGCGCCAAAGGCUUUGCCCCCAUUCCUGGCACAAUAGAGAUGCUGCAUCCUUGGAAUAAUGAAGGGGCACCGCCUGAAGACAAGGUGGUGCCAUCGCUUCUGACCACGGAUCACAGAGAGAGUGUAGCAGUGGGCGGUGGAGUGGGAGGCGCAGCCAUCCGGGAGGCCACUGUGAAAGGAAGCAGCUCUGCUUCCUUUACCAAAGUGCAGCAUGACAUGUCUGAGGUGGAUGGAAGAUGGGAAGAACACAGAAGCCAUCUCUCUGGGGGCGCCACCCAGGUUACAGGGACAGCAGGAGCCGUCCUAGGCGGUGAAACCAUGAGGACCACCCGAGCCACGGGGACUUUCAGAGACAUGGCCGGAGCUCGAGCAGCUGCUGGUGCAGUGAGUGAGGAAUUCCUACGAAGUUAUUUCAGUGAGAAAGCUGCCUGUUAUAUCGAGGAAGAUGACAACCUCAUCAGCAAAGACUGCCUUCUGGUUUAUUCUCAGGAAGAAACUGAAUCUCCACAUGGUUCUAUUGGCUGUUGCAGCUUCAUUGAAGGGGAGCUAGGUGACCACUUCUUGGAUGAUUUAGGAUUUAAAUUUAAGACACUAGCUGAAAUUUGCUUGGGUCAAACAAUAGAGAUGGAUAUGGAAAUCGAGCAGAGGCCAACGUCCAUGAGAGGAGCAGCUUCACAUUCCCUCUCUGAGCAGGCUAGGGUUGACUCAGAGGUCACCCUCUCUUCUGGUAGUAGCUUUCAAGUUGCAAAACCUUUGCCUGAAGUAACUGCAGAGAAAAUAACUCAGGAAAUAGUCACAGAAAGGUCUGUGUCUUCUAAGCAGGGUCAAAAGGUAGCCACACGGCUCCCUAAUUCAUUGGCUUCUGGUAAUGUCAUAGUGACAGAAACUUCCUUUGCCACAGGCUCCACUGUGCCACCACCAAGCACUGUGAUCCUGGGCCCUCAACAGCCACAGGGCGUUAUUGUGACGGAGCGGGUAUAUGCUCCAGCUUCUACUUUGGUAGAUCAGCAUUACGCUAACGAAGGUAACGUCACCGUUACUGAGAGAGUCAUACAGCCUAAUGGGGGCCUGUCUUGUCCUCUGGAAGUCACUCCGCAUCUGCCAGAUGGACACUAUGUCAUGGUGAGGGAAAGAGAGAGCUUCCUUGCCCCCAGUGCGGGUGUGCAGCCCACUCUGGCCAGGCCCAGUGUAGCCGUAGGACAGAACAUGACAGUGACAGAGAGAGUGCUAACACCUGCUUCCACUUUGCAGUCCAGCUACCCCGUUCCUGCUGAAACCUCCAUGACAGGCAGAAAGACUGUGGUUUCUGGAGCUGGAGCCCCGGGCCCUCUGCCAAAUUUUGGUUUAGAGGAGUCUGGUCAUUCUAGCUCUAUGGUAACCACAUCAUCCACCAGAGUCUCCAAGCAUAGCACAGUACAGCAUUCUUACUCCUAAACAGUAAGCCACAAUCUGGCCCAGGGUUUAGCUAGCAGUAACUGAUUUCAUGUUUUCAAUGGACCUGCCUGGUCAUAAGCCUUAUGGAUGUAUGAGGCACAUACACAGAAUUAACAUUCUUCUCGGUCACUAAUAGACAGCGGACCU